CGUUAGUUUCUUCACACGAGAGAAGAAGUCAUCAUCAUCAUGGCCACUCUGAACCAACAGUUUGAGGAGAAGGUGCGUCCCUGCAUCGACCUCAUCGACCGUAUUCGCUCUCUGGGUGUAGAGGAGUACUUUGUGCUGCCUACCGUCGCCGUGAUAGGAGACCAGAGCUCCGGGAAGAGCUCCGUGUUGGAGGCGCUGUCAGGGGUGGCUCUGCCAAGAGGAAGUGGCGUUGUGACAAGAUGUCCUCUUGAACUGAAGAUGAAGAGAAAGAACGAAGGAGAGGGGUGGUCUGGGAAGAUAAGCUAUCAGACCUGUGAGGCAGACAUAGAAGACUCUGAGGCUGAGUCGAUUCUGACAGAAGACUCAAUAAAGAUAGAAGACCCUGAAGAUGUGGAGGAAAUGAUAAGAGAAGCUCAGGAUAAAUUGGCUGGGGACGGGCUGGGAAUCAGUAAUGACCUCAUCAGUAUGGAGAUCACCUCUUCUGAUGCUCCAGACCUGAUGCUCAUUGACCUGCCCGGCAUUUCCAGGGUGGCUUUGCAGGGACAAGAUGAGAACAUUGGAGACCAGAUAAAGCAACUGAUCCACAAGUACAUCACAAGACAAGAAACUAUCAUUUUGGUGGUUGUUCCAUGCAACGUGGACAUAGCAACCACAGAGGGUUUGAAGAUGGCACAGGAGGUGGAUCCUGAUGGAGAGAGG